CAGGGGUCUAAGAAUAGCCUCUGUGCUGACAAGCAGUGCAUCUAGGGGCUCUAUCAUCACACAAGCACUGCGCCAUUUGCUGGAUCCUUGAGUAUGAAGAUCUCUCAGCCGUCACAAUGGGUUGGAAGCUGGGUCCAAUUAGCUUGGACGGCCGUGUGGAUCGGGCCGGCAUAUCUAAAGCUGAGGCCCAGAGCUGAGGCUCCCCCCAAUUUCAUGGACAAUGAAGAAGCUGAGAAUCUCUCCAUAGUUGCCACUGGACAAUGAACACGUGGGUUUUCGAUUGAUUCUUCUCAACCAUGACUGCCCAACGAUUCGUUCUGUCCGGUGAUAAGCACGCGAUUGACUCCUUUUUCUUCUGCUUUCUUCCUCUUCUCCUUUCUCCCUCUUGAGAGCUCAAUCUCAAAUUCGACUUACACCAAAAUAUCUUGGGUUAGCUAUGCCAUCAUUUGCAAUUCCAGUUUUUGAAGACGUCGUUAGACAAUCGGGCACCUUGACUAGCUUCCCCACGGCCGUCCAUGCACACGAUGACUACUAUGACACUGCGGAGAUUGAGAAGGUGACAUCGUUCAACGCACAGCUCCAGGCUUCCGUUAGGAACUUGCAUGACGACCUCCAUGGCAAGGGUGCAUCACCCAUCAGGACCAAGCAAUUCCAAGCCGGAAUUUUUGUCGAAAUGCUAGAGUUAGAUCGGGAUUUAGCCAUGGAUGUCAUGACCACGUACGGUGAAGAUUUGGAGAUGGCCACCUUCCCUCCAUCUGGAGUACAGACAUUGGAGGAGUAUCUACCCAUUCGUCUCAUCAACAGUGGUCUUUGGCCGACAAGGUAUAGCGUAUUUCAAGAAAUGGCAUGCUUCGGACUUGGAAUUCGUCUAAAAAAAGAGGAGAAAGCAAAGUUUUCCGAGAUCAUCAAUCUGGCGCUAUAUGCGGCUGCUCUGAUCAAUGACUACCAUAGCUGGACUAAGGAAAUUAAGUACCACAUUGAAACAGAAGGUUCUGAGGCUCCGUUUAAUGCUGUAUCCAUCCUGAUGCGACAGUAUACUUGCUCCGAGCUGGAGGCACUCGCCAAGCUGCAUUGGGAAUAUACUGAAAUGCAGGAGAAACACCUUUCCCUUGUUAAGAAGCUCGAGCAAGGAGAAGGAGAGCUUUCAGACACUUACCGCAAGUAUAUCAUGACAGCACAGUAUACGACUUCGGAGUCAGAAUUUUGGAGUAUCUACGUUCCCCGCUAUCCAACCAAAGCUGAUCUCAAUCAGACGGAAUGUGUCCUGGUUGAUGGGGCCUUCAAGUAUGAGACUGUCGAUAUCGCUCCAGAUGCUCUGAUAGAGCCAAACCCAGCUCUAACCUUGUCGUCGAUCAAGGGGAUUAUCGGCAUGCUUAAUGGCUUCCCAGUUCAUACUCUGACCAUUUUCGUUGACGAAUUGCAGAAUGGACAAUGUGGACAAGCUUUCGAUUUGCAUUGGAAAUAUCACACUCACUGCCCAACGGUCGACGAUAUGAUGAUGAUUGAUAAUAUCGAAAACAUCAACCCCCGCCGAUUCGUGACUCUCCUCGGUCGGUACUUCCAAAUUCGAGAUGAUUACCAGAAUCUCACUGCAGAUGAGUACACCAAAACGAAAGGCUUCUGCGAAGACCUUGACGAAGGCAAAAUCUCCCUGCCUUUGAUGUACACUCUCCAGAAGCCCGGUGCCCAUCAAGCUGCGAUCCGAGGCGUCUUCUAGAAUAAAGCCACAGGCGAGGGACUUGCUCUGGAAAUGAAAGAGUGGAUAUUAACGCAUAUGCGGGAAAUGGGAGCGCUGGAAUCCACGCUUGCUUUGCUUCGUGAGAUGCAAGAUGAGUUGCUUGAUGAACUGAGCAGUUUGGAGGAGAAAUUUGGGUCGAAGAAUUCAGUUCUUAUGUUGAUGUUUCUGAGAUUGUGUUAUAAAGCUAUUUUUCUGUCGGAAUCAUGUAUUACCUGGUAAAAAGACUUGUAUAUAUCAUAAACACCGAGUCUACUCAUCG